AUCCCCUUACACUUUUAGAACAACAGUCACCAAAAGUUUUGUUUAUCAAAACGUAAGAAAUAUUCACAACAAACACGUGUUGAAUAUAAAUGGAAUAAUUAAAAUUUUAUUCAUUAAUAAUUAAGUCCAUUAUAUAUAUUCCAUUAUAUAUAAUAUGGGUUUUUGGCAAAAACAAAAUUGACGACCUGUGCGGUUGCGCAGUGUCGCCAUCUUUGUUUUUCCGGCUAUUGAAUAUAGUAAACGGUCAACUUUUUUCGGAUAUGGAUACCAUUAAAAAGAGCUCUAGCUAAUUGAUACCUAAUCAAUAAUUAUAUUUAUAAGUAUAAUAACAUUAAAAAAAACAUGAGAAAUACUUAACUGAUAUUUUUUUUGUUUUAUCUUGUUUAUCUUGUUUAUAUAGUAUGUACAAAUUGUUUUUCCGCGACUUCCCCCACAUAAAUUAUAGCCUAUCUCACCCUUAUACGAUUAAACUACCGUUAUAUAUUCUCAAAACACAGAAUAAUAUCAUAUGUACUACUAAAUGUACUAAUAUUUAGUUGUUAAUUGUUUUCAUUGGAUAAUAUAUACGUAUUCUUAUUUUACAUACACCAAUAGGUUUAAUUUUCGGCAAUGCUAAUAAUUCUUCAUAUACUUUAUUUUCUCAUAAUAUUUUUUUGUUACAGAUUAAGACGGAGUCUGUUGCUUUUAACAGUCGUGUUGUUAGCCCGCGCACACGCACAGAAAAGCAAAUCUGACGACAGUAAUGUACAAGCAGUGCCUAGCGAUCUAAGGCGGGCAGUCAGCGAGGCACUUGCUCUCGAAAAGAGGUUUUUAAACGGAGCUAAUGAUGCACAGAACUGUACAUCUGAGGAGGACGGCAGCAGUGUCCCGUGCCCUCCCAGCAAGUACAGGAGCCCUAGCGGAGAAUGCAAUAACGUCCGGCACCGACCCUGGGGCCGGAGAGGAGAUGUAUUCUUGAGGCUCAUGCCUCCGAGUUAUGCCGAUAAAGUGUCGCUGCCUCAUUCAGCUCCACAAUAUCCGUCGCCGAUGCUGACGGUUAUGGCAGCGGCACAAUUGACGCGACCUGCGGACCAUGACUAUGUGACAAGCAUGCUGGCAGCUUGGGGGCAACUGCUCAUGAACGAUCUCAUCUCAACUGUCAACGGGAACAAGGAAUGCCAAGGCCCCUCGUGCGAGUAUACCCGUUCCGCGCCGGCUAGAAACAUCGACUCGUGCGGUUUUGAGUACCGUGACCAGAUGAAUUUGGCAACGGCAUUUCUAGACGGGUCGGCUCUCUACGGCAGCUCAGAGAAGGAACUGAGGUCCCUACGACUGUAUGACGCCGGAAAACUCGACGCCGGUUCAUGCAGGAAAUGCAACGAUGGAACUCCCACCGCCCCACUUUACAAGGCCUUAUUGGCUGAACACAAUCGUAUAGCUGGUGAACUGUAUGCCCUAAAUCCAUUCUGGGAUGACACCACACUGUUCUUAGAGGCCAGACGAGCGAUCGCUGCGAUCGUCCAACACAUUACUUACAAUGAAUUUUUACCAGUUCUUCUAGGCGAGGUGGGAAUGGCGAAAGCAGAAUUGAAGUUACAGUCACUCGGUUUCUGGCGCGGAUACUCAAGUGCUAACCGCGCGGGCGCAUAUACCGAGCUGGUUGCUGUAGCGCCUAUCUUCAAAGCAAUGAUGAACCAAAAACUGGUAUGAGUUAAAGGAUCCCUUCUUUUAGCAUGUCUUUUUCCUAAUAUACUUCGCCAUAGUUGUUUUUCGCAUUAUAAUAAUUUGCCAUGAUUAUUUUUCUUGCUCGAAAUGAUAUUUGGAAGAUACUAGUUCCAUUGAUUUUUACUCAAAUUGAAAAAUUUUGGAAAUACAGAAACAGACACAUUCAUAUUUGGAAUCAUAAAAUUUUUCUUAAUCGUUUGAGGUUGGUUUAAUUUUUUUAUGAACCAAGUCAUAAAAAUCUUUUCAAAUUAGUUCACGAAUUGAGGCAAAUGCCACAUUUGACCAGUUUAAAAGCUCACUUGGACUUGGAUUUUAACUAUUAUGUCUUUUGGGUCUAGUAUAUUACUAGAUAUGCAAGACUUAGAACGUAACCGUAACAUGUCGUCAAUGCUAAUUUUCAGAUAAAUUCGACCGUUUCUCUAGAACACUUGUUCCGUACUAGUGCUCAACGCGUAUCCCAUUUUCCACCAUCGGUCGAGUGGGAUGUGAACCGCGCUAGAGAUCAUGGCGUCGCAUCAUACUUGAGGGCAGUGAGGAUGUGUGAACCCACCACUUCUGUCAAUACAUUCGGGGACUUCGAGAAGAUGGGCUUCGAUAGAACACAGCAGGAGAUGAUUGCUGACAUGUAUAGGUGGGAUAUUCCCCUUUUACGCUCACAAAGAUUAUCAAAACCCAGAAAAAAACUAUCAUUUGAUCUGAAACUCAUAUUAUUAUAAAAUGUCCUUUUAGUUCUUCUAAUUAGUUUUCCAUACAUCCAUCCAGAACCGUAACCAUUCUAAAUUCGUUACAGUAUAUAUUAGGGUUUAUUGGCCUUUUUCUUAGUCUAUAAAUAAUUAAGGCUGAUUCACUUCAUUGAACUGCAGUACCUCAAUUAAUUUUUAUUGUUAAUUUAUGAUUCAAGUUACUACUCUAGCUGGAAAAAGAAAUUUAUGUAGAAUGAGUAAAAUAGUUAACACCUCAUUAAUUUACGGUUAAUGUUGGGAGUUCAUGAAUAAGUUUUUAUUUAAACACCAUUCAUUUAUAAAAGACAAGCGGAGGUAAAACAUGACCUCAAGUACAGUUUUUGGGAUAAUAUAUAACCUAUUACCUUCCUAGGUUCUUAAACUACUCAAACAUAAUUUUCAUUGAUGUAAAUACAAAAACAAAGAAGUUUCAUACAACGAUAUCACCCUUUUAUCACCUUCGAGGUGGAAUUUCCGAAAAUCCGUUCUUACACCUUUAUGUAAUAAGA